AUGAAGAUUUCAACAAUUACUUACUUCGGCCUCGUCUCCACUGCCACAUGUGAAAUCACCUGCGGCCUCUCCAGUGGCUACGACAAAGGCGAGAAGGCCUACUACUACAGCGGCGAUGGCAGUCUUGCCACCUUCGACACCUGCUCAGCCCGUUGCCAGUCAGACACAAAGUGCCAGAGCUUCGCCUUCGGUUCCUCUCAAUGUCUCCUAUACGCAUCACCACUAGACUCCAACUUCCGCGAACAGUCUAACAGCCCGUUCCUGUUUUAUGACCGCAACUGCGUGGACGUCAAGGCAACCUCGAGCUUCACAACUAUUCUCCCCCCGACCACCGCGGCGGCGGCAGGAGGCGACGCUACACCAUCGCCGGCAUCUACGGCCACGCCCACGCCUGGCAAUGGAGGAAGUGGUGGAGGAAAUGGUGGCGGCAGCGGUAGUGGCAGCAGCGAGUCUGAAAACAGAUUCCUCUGGCUUCGCAACUGCGACCGCGACAGGGACAGGCGCGUCGGGUUCAUCGGGCUCGUCAGCUACCGGUACAGCGGCUUCGGGAUCUGGAUCGGGUUCAGGGUCGGGAUCGGGAUCCGGCUCUGGCUCCUCAACGGCUUCAUCAUCAUCCGCGGGAUCCUCAUCAUCUGGGUCGACAUCAUCAAGUGCUGUGGCCGCAGCGGCCGAUACCUUCGGCAUGGUGGUGCUGGGUCGCGGUCUUUGCAGCGUGGUGAUCAUCUGAUGGAGAGACCGCUCAUGCAGAAGUGCAACGGCAGGAGAAAGAGUGACAGCGUCGCCUCCGAUGUAUUGGACAAGCCCUACACCCACUUGAGGCCGGGGUUGGACUGCUCAUCGGAAUGGCUCCUUCAAAACGAUAAGCCAUCCUACAAGGAUUGUGACAUCGGUUAG